UACCGGCUGCCGCGUUCAAACUUCAAAAACCCCAAAUUCAAAAGAAAAAAUCGGUCUUCUUCCUCCUCUUAUCCUGCCAAAGAUUAAACAAAAUCCUAGCACAUCAAUGGCAUCUCCAGCCACUAGAAUCCCUCCAUCCAUCCCAAAACCCCACCGGAAACCACUCCAACUCAAAAAUUUGCCGGCGAACCUCGCCUCCGAUGCAAUACACCCUAAGAAGUCAAAUCUGACGGUCGAUGAACGAUCCGGAAAGGAGAAUCUUGAAAUCUCAGUUUGCGGUGAGGAAAUGAAGCUUUCCCUGGAGGAUGUUUCGCUUGGGGAGGAGUUUGAGGUGGCCAGGCUGAGGACGGAGCGGCUCCUGAUGGAGAGGGAGAAGGGGGAAGCAAAGAUGAGGGAGAUGGACGCAGCGUUCGAAAGGUGGAUGAGAGCGGCGGAACGGAGAUUGAAUGAGCUCUUGAUGACAGAGAUGGAUAUCCGGCGAGUGUUCCGUGCUAAAGCGCACCGGGCUUCUUGUUUGAAAUCACCAGCGUUUAUGUCUCUCAGAGCAAGGGAAGAGAAAAAGAGAUGGCAAGCUGCUCAAUUCCAGGAAAUAGGAAAUGCUGUAGGGAAAACGAAAUCAGAGUCUGCGGAUCCAAGAAAAAGGAAUAAAUGACCAUUUCUAUUUUUUUUUGUUUGUUCUCAUUUGUCUUGCAUUGUUCAUGCCCAAAUUUGUUAUUGUUAUACAUUGUGGCAUCUAAUGUAAUAAAUGUGGAAUAGAAUUUUAUCAAAAGUGUUCAGUUGUUAGGCUAUUGAUAACGAAUGCUUAAUGAAGGAGAGUUACUGUAAA